UUCCCAGUUUGUCAGGGGCUCGUGAGUGCAGUUUGGUCUGUUGUCCAGGCGGCUGCGCGUGCUGCCGUGCCUGCCUGCGGUAUAUAAAGGCGGUCAACGGGCAGGAAUCACAGCGGUCAAACUGCAACCGAGACGCCAGCGUUGUGUCACUCGUUCCCCGCCAAACCUUCCGCUUCUCCUCUCCGCCACCGGCAUCCGUGUCCCCCUCUCAUAAGCCGGGGGAGAGGAGGGGGGGUCCAGCGCGGGGAAAGACAGACGGUAGGACCGACCAGCAUGGACCCCCAAGCGAAGGACCGCACCAGCCCGGCGGCGGGGGGCUUCAGCGGGCGACUGGCCUCACUGGGAGCCGACGGGGGAGACUCGGAGUCCGGCGCCGGCUCGGAGGAAGCUGCCGUGGGCUGCUGCAGCGACACGUUCAGCAGCCUGCCCGACAUGGAGCAAGAGACUCUGGAGGAUAAAUUAAGAGGACUGGCGUUCAGAAAACAGACCUCGUAUCGGAAGGCGAUCUCACGUUCGGGCCUCCAGCACCUCGGUCCGCCCCAACCCUCCACGCCUCCCGCAUCCAACGGCCCCAACAAGGAGCCACGUACCUGCGUGGACUGGACGGAGAACGCCGUGAAUGGGGAUCACCUGUGGAUGGAGACGAGUUGUUCAGGAGAGCUCUGUUAUCUGGGAGAAGACACCUGCCUACUAAAGACCGCAAAGUCCGCCCCCAGGAGGAAAUGUGCAGCCUGUAAGAUCGUUGUUCACACUGGCUGCAUAGAGCAACUAGAAAAGAUUAACUUCCGAUGUAAGCCAACCUUCAGAGAGGGAGGAUCCCGAUGCCUCAGAGAUCAGAGCAUAUUGAGACAUCACUGGGUUCACAGACGAAGACAAGAAGGCAAAUGCAGACAAUGUGGAAAGAGUUUUCAGCAGAAGUUCUUCCACAGCAAAGAAAUCAUCGCCAUCAGUUGUUCUUGGUGUAAACAGGCUUUCCACAACAAGGUGACGUGUUUCAUGCUGCAUCAGAUUGAGGAGCCUUGUUCACUGGGGGCCCACGCUGGAGUCAUAGUACCACCCUCCUGGAUCAUCAAAGUCAGGAAACCACAGAGCUCACUAAAGAACUCUGCUAGGAGAAAAAAGCGGACAUCUUUCAAACGAAGGACAAGCAAGAAGGGACUGGAUGAGUCUAAAUGGCGUCCGUUCAUGUUGAAGCCGCUCCCUUCCCCUCUCAUGAAGCCCAUCUUGGUUUUUGUUAAUCCCAAGAGCGGGGGCAACCAGGGUGCCAAGGUGUUACAGAUGUUCAUGUGGAUCUUGAACCCGCGACAAGUGUUUGACCUGUCACAGGGUGGGCUGCGAGAGGCGCUGGAGUUGUAUCGGAAAGUGCCAAAUCUGAGGAUCCUUGCCUGUGGCGGGGACGGGACGGUGGGGUGGAUCUUGUCUGCUCUAGAUGAGCUGCAGAUGAACCCCCAGCCUCCGGUCGCUGUUCUUCCUCUGGGAACAGGAAAUGACCUCGCCAGGACGCUCAACUGGGGUGGGGGAUACACGGAUGAGCCGGUGUCCAAGGUUUUGUGUCAUGUGGAGGAUGGUUCAGUGGUGCAGCUGGACAGGUGGAACCUUCAAGUAGAGAAGGGUGCUGCCCAGCAAGAGGAGGGCACACAGAAGCUGCCUCUGAAUGUGUUCAACAACUACUUCAGCCUGGGCUUCGAUGCUCACGUCACCCUGGAGUUCCACGAGUCCAGAGAGGCCAACCCAGAAAAGUUUAACAGUCGCUUCCGCAACAAGAUGUUCUAUGCAGGAGCUGCGUUCUCAGAUUUCCUCCAGAGAAGCUCCAGGGAUUUGUCCAAGCACGUCAGAGUGGUGUGUGAUGGUACAGAUCUAACCCCCAAGAUCCAGGAGCUGAAGUUCCAGUGCAUUGUGUUUCUAAAUAUUCCCAGGUACUGUGCUGGCACCAUGCCGUGGGGAAACACAGGCGACCACCGGGACUUCGAACCCCAGCGCCAUGACGACGGCUGCAUCGAGGUUAUCGGCUUCACCAUGGCCUCAUUGGCAGCGCUACAGGUCGGCGGUCACGGAGAGAGACUUCACCAGUGCAGAGAAGUUGUAUUAACUACCUUCAAGACUGUACCUGUUCAGGUGGACGGCGAGCCGUGUCGGCUGGCUCCAUCCACCCUCCGCAUCUCCCUUCGAAAUCAGGCCAACAUGGUCCAGAAGAGCAAGAGACGCACCUCUGUGCCCCUGCUCAACGAUCCUCAUGCAGUUCCAGAUCGUCUGCGUCUGCGGGUGAAUCGGAUCAGCCUCCAGGAAUACGACAGACUGCAGUACGACAAAGAACGACUUCGGGAUAUCUCCAUCCCAGUAGGCAUCGUGGUGGUAAGGGGGGACUGUGACCUGGAGACAUGCAGACUCUAUAUUGACAGAUUGCAAGAGGAUUUACACCAGGCGCCAUCUACUGGCCACAGAGUGCACUAUCAGGAUGAGAGCAGAGGUGUCCCCAGGACCGGUUCAGCCAGUAGACUGUCUCCCAACUGGAGCUUCUUGGAUUCCACAUCAGCCGACCGAUUUUAUCGUAUUGACAAGGCUCAGGAGCACCUCCACUUUGUGACGGAGAUUUGUCAGGACGAGGUAUUUAUCCUGGACCACGAGGGACCUGCAGUGAGCCAGGGAUCGUCCAUGGGGAUGCCAGAUCUGGUGGUGGAACCUACUGCUGGUGCUCCAUUGACACCUGAGGAACAAGCUCUGUUGACAGCUGCCAGCUCUGGGGAUCUUUCUACGCUGUCAGAGUGCGUGCGGCGAGGCGUCAGCUUGUUGGUGAGAGACUCUGGAGGCUGUUCGGCGUUACAUAUAGCUGCCCAGAACGGGGACACAGACCUGGUCAGCUACAUCCUGCAGCAGGGCUCCAAAGUGCUUCUGGAUUUGACAGACAGAGAGAAAGGGGACACUGCCUUGCACAAAGCAGCCUCUGUGAAGCAGCACGCAGUGUGUCGACUGCUGGUUGAGGCCGGGGCAUCUCUCGAGAAGACCAAUUUCCAGGGGAGGACACCGGCGGACCAAGCAGAGGGAGACUCGGAGCUCGCCACCUACCUGAGCAGCCACCAACACGCGUCCUCUGCCACCCACGAAGACUUGGAGACGGCAGUCUGAGGCGCACACACACACACACGCACGCCCUCACACACUCACUCUGUCUCCCUGGACUCUGCACACACCGUAGUGGAGAAGAAUCGGUGAGAGAAAAGUGUAUAAAAAAUGAACAGAGUCUGGUUUUGACUCCAGACGAAGACGUAAAUCAGACAGACCAGGGGAAUGAAGAACUGCUUCAGCCCACAGCAGCACUGCAGUGGAGAUUUUAACGGUCAACUAUUUAUUAGUAUUUAUUUAUUCAUAUUCUAUUUAUUGGUUGUGCUGAUUGAUUGAUCGAGUGAUUGAUUGUAGGACUAUUAACGGCUUGGGAUGCAAGUGCACUUUGAGCAGCCGUCACGGGUCCUGAGUUCACGUGUUGUUCAGGAGAACAUCUGUUCAUGAACUCAUGAAUAGAUGUUUCUCAUCUUGUAAGGGAUUUGUUUUGGUAACAAAUCAUGUUUUUAGAAAACCAGGGGUCAUAGGUUUUAUUCAGUAAGACUUCUACAGUGAUGGAAAGUGUAUUGAUUAAGCAAUUAAAAGCAGGAUUUCUGUUCAAAAUAGUCAAAAUAACAUAGAGUCUCAUUUCAGAAUUGAUAGAAAUAAUAAAAGGUUUGUGUUUACCCCAUAAAACCCAUGUGCCAAAGACAUUGCACUGAUGCAGUGUCACGCCAACGCCACAAUUUCACUAAUGUUCCCAGCAUCAAGCACACUGUUUGGUUUUUUUCUCAUGAAUCGGCAAAACUGAUUGUUUUAGGCAAAGUUGUAAGCCUGUGUCUCUAAUACCAGAAUUAUGCGAUGGUAAGGUUUUUUCACACGCCGUCUAAUUCAGCAUCACUGGGUUGCUGGGCUGUCAUAUCAAAGGAAAAGCAAAGUUUAUUCCCCCGCCUCUUUUCAAAACCACAGUUUAAACGUGUUUCUCAAGUGCACCUCAGAGUGAAAUACCGUCAUCAAAGCAAAAACAGGAAAUGUUGCAUGUAGCCUGUUUUUAAACCGCAGAAACAUUCCCAGGAGCUGCCAGGGUUCUGCGGCGCUGAACGUCGCAGAUUGCCUCUUCACACAACUGAUUCACAACAGCCAUUUUUAAACAACUGCAACAGCAAACAAGGUGUUAAUUGGUGGAAACUGAAGUUUCGGGCUUUGUUAAGCAUUUUUGCAGAGGAAGAAAUCAAGGGGGGGUGUGUGAGGUGACUCAAACAUUCCUUUACAUGCAUAGAUCGAUUACUUUGUUAUGUGGCAACACUGGCGGCUUGACUCUCCCUUUCUACUGCCGCGUGUCUCUCUUCCAAAACGGAUUCAAGCCGCAAAGCGGUAAAUUACAAAAAAACAAAGCUUGGUGGAAGAGUUUUUGAAGGCUGGGGGUCUUCGCCGUUGCCGCGUUGUCAUACAUAAAAACGGUGUCCAAAACAGUUGUCAGCUUUUGCCUCGUCAGCCCACGUAAUUUUCCCGAGGCCUUGGACGCAGAGGAGAGAGAGCAAUGCCAUGAGGCAACCGUUUAGUCCCUGCAAUAGUUCCUGGGUGAAGUUCCUCUCAGUGAGAAAGGGCUAAUAGAGAAUUAAAGCAAAACAAGAUACAAACAGAAUAAAACCGGUGGAGUAAUGAAUCAUGGC